UUCCAAAACCUAAUAUAAAUUUAAUUACACUACAUUCUCCACCUCCAAAAUAAAGAUCCAAUAAAAUUUCCUAGUUUCUUAUACUACUAGAAGUCAUAGCUAGUGUUGUUGCUGAUAACUGAAAAAUAAAGUAUGAACACUGAAGAAACAAUAGUGCAUUAUGAUCUUGAAACUCCUCUGACAAAUGAAAAUAAUUAUAUAAUCAAUGAUGGUGUAAGUAGCAAUGAAGGGAGAUUGUUGAACAAAAAAGAGAUAGUUAAGGAAGCAAAGAAACAAAUAAAGUUAGCAGGGUCUCUAAUGGCGGUUAAUUUCCUGUUGUUUUCAUUACAAGUUAUAUCAGUUAUGUUUGUAGGUCAUCUAGGAGAGCUCCCUCUCGCUGCUGCUUCUAUUGCUACUUCUUUCGCCUCCGUCACCGGUCUUAGCUUGCUGAAAGGAAUGGAAAAUGCACUGGACACAUUUUGUGGUCAAUCUUAUGGAGCAAAGCAGUACCACAUGUUAGGCAUACACAAGCAAAGAGCAAUGGUAGUUCUCCUCUGCAUCAGCAUUCCCCUUGCCUUUAUAUGGGAAAACACAGGUCAAAUUCUUGCAUUUUCAGGACAAGAUCCUGAAAUCUCAGCUAAAGCAGGAAUCUAUGCUCAUUACAUGAUUCCUAGCAUAUUUGCAUAUGGUCUUCUUCAAUCUCACAUUGGAUUUCUUCAAGCUCAGAACAAUAUUGUUCCUAUGAUGCUUACUACUGGAUUUACAACUCUACUGCAUAUACUUGUUUGUUGGUUUAUGGUGUUUAAGUCUGGUUUAGGCUACAAAGGCGCGGCGUUAUCAAAUGCUAUAUCGUAUUGGACUAAUCUGUUGUUGCUAGCUAUAUAUGUAAGGGUGUCUCCUACUUGUAAAGAGACAUGGACUGGUUUUUCAAAGGAGGCUUUUCGUGGCAUUCCUGAGUUUCUUAGACUUGCUGUACCUUCUGCACUUAUGUUUUGUUUGGAAGCAUGGACAUUUGAGAUGAUGGUUCUACUUUCUGGUUUCCUUCCAAAUCCAAAGCUGGAAACCUCUGUUCUCUCAAUCAGUCUCAACACAAGUAUAGCAUUAUUCAUGCUACCAGCCGGAUUAAGUGGAGCAAUAAGUACAAGAGUUUCCAAUGAACUAGGGGCUGGACGACCACAUUUAGCUCGAUUAGCGGUAUGCGUAUCGAUAUUGAUGGUGGGAAUAGAAGGGAUCUCAGCUGCAUGUUUGCUAAUUUUGGGGCGCAAUUUAUGGGGAUAUUCCUAUAGCACAGAAGAAGAGGUAGUCAAAUAUGUUGGCCAAAUGAUGAUUUUUCUUGCAGUAUCACAUAUUCUUGAUGGCAUUCAAUCUGUGUUUUCAGGCACGGCUAGAGGAUGUGGUUGGCAAAAAAUUGGAGCUUUUAUCAAUUUGGGAGCUUAUUACCUAGUAGGUAUUCCUUGUGCCGUGUUGCUAGCAUUUGUAUAUCACUUUGGAGGCAAGGGAUUAUGGACAGGAAUUAUAAUGGCCUUACUUGUCCAAGCAUCACUUCUGCUAAUCAUAACAUUGCGUACCGAUUGGGACAAAGAGGCGAAAAAGGCCAAAAACAGGCUAAACAACCUAAUGGUCCAUUAGUGGAACUGGGUCAAGCAUCGUUUUUAAUAAUGAGGCGAUAUCUUCACAAUUAGCGACACAACAAAGAGAUUGGGUCCAAAAAGGUCAAAGGACCACAAUCCUAGAGCCUAGCUUGACCAACAUGCGUCUGUGUGGUUUACCAACCCUUCUUAGUUCUUACUCAUUACCAAACAAGAAGAAUAGAUACCUCUUAUAUUUAGAAAAGCAAAUCCUUUGUUUUCCUUUCAUGUGGGACAUUGGCUUUUCUCUUGCUUUUUUCUCUCUCAUUCUUUGUAGGGUUGUUUUGGUGAAUCUAUCUAUAUCUAUAUAAUACUAUAAAGCAAUAAGGAUCUGCUUAUGUGUCAAGAGCAAAUUGAAUUGUUGAUGUGUCAAUCCUUUGUAAUAUCUUUUACAAUUUUUUGCCACGUGUAUUUGUCUCUAAA